UUUUAACUGCAUACAAUUUCAUAUAUUAAAAAGCAAUAGGACAAUUUGAUCAUAAAGUAGUUCCCUUAUAAUUUAUAUAAAAAUAUUCACAAAAUUUCUUCUCUUUCCUUCCUCCAUGAUUGAGCAAUGUCAGCAUCCAUUUGUGCAGAUACUUACAAGAUCAUGGUCCCCUUAUUUGUAAAUCAGAAGUUUAUUUUAAGUGGUUUGUAAUAUAAAUUGUGUAGACCAAAAAGAAUUGUUGUUGUUGAUUGAAGAAGUUCAAAGAUUUGAUUGUUUUGCGUUUUACGUUUAUAUAUGGCUAGUAUAUCUGAUAAUUAUGGGGUUGUAUCCGGCAAAGAUUGCACUUUUCCGGCUGGUGUAAGAGUUCUUGUAGUGGAUGAUGACUUUACUUGGUUGAAAAUUGUGGAGCAGAUGCUUACAAGAUGCAAUUAUUCAUCUACAACAUGCUCCCGGGCUACUGCUGCUAUAAACCUUCUGCGGGAGAGGAAAUGCUGUUUUGAUUUGGUCCUAAUUGAUGUUCAGACGCCUGAUAUGGAUGGCUUUAAGCUCCUUGAGCUCGCUGGUUUGGAAAUGAACCUUCCUGUCAUUAUGAUGUCCGCAUAUGGAAGGACUAGUGCUAUUAUAAGAGGUAUAAGACACGGGGCUUGUGAUUACUUAGUCAAGCCUAUACACGAGGAAAACUUAAAGAACAUAUGGCAGCAUGUAGUCAGGAAAAAGUGCAAUGAGACCAAAAAACAGGAAAUUUUUAGCAGUUUGGAUAAAAAAGACAGGAACAGAAGCGCAACAAGUGAUUUAGAACAUGCUUCUGCUGUUAAUGAAGAUGGCAGCGAGUCAGAUGAUGAAAUAUCUGCAUCAGAGAAGCCAAUUGAACUGUGGUCGGUUGAGCUUCAUCAAAAAUUUGUUAUUGCAGUGAACCAACUUGGAAUAGAUAAGGCUGUACCAAAAAAAAUUCUCAAACUGAUGAAUGUCCCGGGCCUGACCCGAGAGAAUGUUGCAAGCCACUUACAGAGAUUCAGGCUAUAUUUUAGGAGGUUAAGUGUUCUCCAACAGCCGAUGGGGAUGCCUUUUCCAUUUUAUGGUCAUGUAAAACAUGAUCCAAGACUAAGCCUACGGGAAAUAUCUGAUCCCCAAACUCUGGCAGCAUCUCGUCCAAUUCCUCUGCAAACAUUGACCGAUCUGCAUGCUGAACUAUUAGGCCGGCCAGUUAAUGAUCAAAAAAUUAUAUUACAAGGAUCUCGACAAGGACAAAAGAAUGCCCUUGGUGAUGCUGGUAUAGCACAUCAGCAGCCCAUUUCACUGUUAUGGGGUCAUUUUCUUCAUAUUUUUCCUGCAAUCUUCCUGUUUUGUUCGGUUGUGUGGUUGAUUAUAGAGUUAUAACUGAAAUGGAUUGGAAAUGCUCAAAAUUGACAGAUUGAUCACUCAGGCCUCAGAUCUUGCCAACUCUGCUUGUAUAAAUUUCGAUGCUUUAGAUUGUAGUUUGACUUGGUUCUUUAGGAGAUUCGCCUGAAUUUUCUCUUUUGCCUGUUUACCUCUAUGGCUACACCCUGGAGAUUUUAUACAUAAAGCGAUAAAUAAAAAAACAAGCAGGCUACUGUCUUUCUAUGCA